CCCCGGGGCUGCGGCGCCCCCCGGCGGCGGGGCCUGGGGCGGAGGUGGCCGGGCCCCCUCGCCAUGAACAUCGACGUGGAGUUCCACAUCCGCCACAACUACCCCUGGGCGCGGCUGCCGGCCAGCGUCAAGCAGGGUCUGGGAAACUCUCAGAGGGAGUAUGAAAGGCAGGUUGUGCUCUACAGCAUCCGCAAUCAGCUACGGUACCGGAAUAACUUAGUUAAGCAUGUCAAGAAGGACGAGCGGAAAUACUACGAGGAUCUGCUGAAAUACAGUCGGGAUCACCUGAUGUUGUACCCGUACCAUUUGUCCGACAUCAUGGUUAAGGGGCUGAGGGUAACACCAUUCUCCUAUUACACGGGCAUCAUGGAGGAUAUAAUGAACAGUGAAAAAAGCUAUGAUUCGUUACCCAACUUCACUGCUGCUGACUGUCUAAGACUCCUUGGUAUAGGAAGAAACCAGUAUAUAGAUCUAAUGAACCAGUGUAGAUCUUCAAAGAAAUUUUUCAGAAGGAAAACAGCUCGUGAUCUGUUACCUGUGAAACCUGUGGAAAUAGCCAUAGAGGCUUGGUGGGUUGUGCAGUCUGGCUACAUCACUGAGGAUGACAUCAAGAUUUGCACUACAUCAGAGAAGUCUGCUAUCGAUAAGAUAAUUGAUUCAGGUCCUCAGCUUGCUGGUUCAUUAGACUUCCAUGUAGUUCACAGCUUGUAUAACAAAGGAUUUAUUUACCUCGAUGUACCAAUAUCUGAUGACAGCUGUAUAGCAGUGCCGCCACUUGAAGGUUUUGUGAUGAACAGAGUGCAAGGUGAUUACUUUGAAACCCUCCUGUACAAGAUAUUUGUUUCAAUAGAUGAACACACUAAUGUGGCAGAGCUUGCAAAUGUCCUAGAGAUUGAUUUAUCUUUAGUAAAGAAUGCCGUAUCCAUGUAUUGUCGGUUAGGCUUCGCUCAUAAAAAAGGCCAAGUGAUAAACCUGGAUAAUCUCCAUCCCUCAUGGAAGAAUGUUCCUUCAGUAAACAGACUGAAGAGUACUUUGGAUCCUCAAAAGAUGCUGCUUUCAUGGGACAGUGGGGAAAACAGAAGUCCUAUACAGGAAGCUGGGUCAUCAGCCACAGAUACAGAUACCAACAGUCAAGAUGAUCCAGCUGAAACAGCCAGCGUGAGCAGCCUGAAUCUGUCUAGUGGACAUACAAAGCGUAUUGCCUUCCUGUUUGAUUCUACUCUCACUGCCUUUCUAAUGAUGGGAAAUCUUUCACCAAACUUGAAAAGUCAUGCAGUUACUAUGUUUGAAGUUGGGAAACUGUCAGAUGAGUCUCUUGACAGCUUCUUAGUGGAGCUGGAAAAGGUUCAAAGCACAGGAGAAGGGGAAGCACAGCGGUACUUCGAUCAUGCACUUACACUGAGAAACACAAUACUUUUUCUGCGGCAUAAUAAAGACCUAGGGGCACAAGCUGUGCAGCCCGACCAACCAAAUAACGGGUUUCCCUUGGACCUCUUACGAUGUGAGAGUUUGCUCGGCUUGGAUCCAGCUACCUGCAGCAGAGUUCUCAACAAAAAUUACACUCUGCUGGUUUCCAUGGCACCGCUCACCAAUGAAAUUCGACCUAUUAGCAGCUGUACACCCCAGCAUAUUGGACCUGCAAUUCCAGAAGUCAGUUCAGUUUGGUUCAAAUUGUACAUUUACCACAUAACUGGACAAGGACCACCCUCUCUUCUGCUCUCUAAAGGAACACGUCUUCGAAAACUUCCAGAUAUUUUUCAGGGUUAUGAUCGCUUACUAAUAACAUCUUGGGGUCACGACCCAGGAGUGGUUCCUACUUCGAAUGUGCUCACAAUGUUGAAUGAUGCUCUAACGCAUUCAGCUGUUCUCAUUCAGGGGCACGGCAUGCAUGGAAUGGGAGAAACCAUGCAUAUACCUUUUCCGUUUGAUGAAGCUGAGCAGCAAGGAGACUUCUCCCGUGUGAACAUGGGCAUUCAUACAGCUUUGAAGAUACUGAGAAACAAAGUAGACUUGCAGCAUUUUUGUGGCUAUGUCACGAUGUUGAAUCCUACAAGUCGGCAUGCCAACAGAAAGCUGAGCGACGCUUCUGAUGGAAGAGGAGAGGCCGAACUAGCAUCAGGAUCUGAUGUAAAUGGGAGUACAGAGUCGUUUGAGAUGGUAAUAGAAGAAACCUCAAUGGAUUCUGCAGUCAAGCAAAGCCUUGAAGUACCCACAACAGAACUGGAAUGGGUUCCCCUGGAAUUAUGCUUUGGCAUUCCUCUCUUCAGCUCUGAGUUGAAUCAGAAAGUCUGCAGAAAAAUUGCCACUCAUGGAUUAUGUAGGAAAGAAAGCCUUCAAAAACUCUUACAUUCCAGUAGAAAGCUGUCUCUGCAGGUCCUUAAUUUUGUUCAUUCAUUCCAGGAAGGUAUUUCAACACUGGAUCAGCUCCAUGAUGCUGGUUCUUCAAGCUCACUUUUGCAGCCUUCUUCUGCAGAUACGGGUGUUCCACUUCCUGCCAAGAAUCUCAUGUUCAAGGAGGGUGUGUUAUCUGAAUGGAACGGACGGUCCCCUUCCUCGGUUUUUAUUUCAACCGCACCUAAGGAACAGGUCAAAUAGGGAUUCUCACGCAUUGAUCACUGAAUGCCUUUCUUCUCUUAUGGUUAAUUUAUAGUGCCAACGACUAAGAAGUGUACUGUUGCUGCAGCAUAGCCCAUGUAAAAGUAGUGUUACAAAAACGUAUCGUGUUGCAGUAUUGGGGAAGUGCUUAAACUGUCCAGAACUUGUUACUCAUUACUGCAUAUAUUGCUGCAACAGAGAGCUUUUUAGCUGUCAGCACUAUUUUUAUCUUGAGACAAUCUUUCUUUUAUAACUAAACACGCCCUUUGUAGGCUUUCUGAUGAUUGUUAAAUUUCUAUGCUGUCACCACAAAAUUGCAAUAGUAGUUUUCUAUGUUCAUUACUCAGACAUAAAUUCUGUUUAGUUUUGUACUGUAUUACUGAAAAUCUUUCUGUAUAAAGGUAAGACAUUUGGCUCUUCCUCUGAAAGCUCAGUGAUACCAACUGUUUUAAAAAAAAAAGUAUCACAGUGAUAUGGGGCAUUAAGAAUUGUUGAAUUACGUUGUUUAGCCUAAUGCUAGGCCAUGAUGAAUCAGCACAAUAGGAAGAGGUCUGAUGUUUAUCAAGGCAGACUUGAAGCCCUGCUGAUGAUUAAGGCCACUUUGAAGAUGAAUGGUGCACUUUCAUCUCUAGCAGAAUUCAGUGGAGAGGUGGAAUUAGGGAGGGCUGAAGUGGUUGGCUCUGUUUGUAGGGUUCUUGAUGAUAAUGGUCUUCCUCUGUGUACGUAACCAGGAGUUUGAGAUUUUGGGUGCACAGAGUUUGUCCCUCGUUGUUACUUGAAACUGCUGAUGAGCAGCUCUAUGGGAAAACUCCUGAUUUCGUAAGUUGACUUUAAGGUAGAUAACUAGAUCUGUGCUAUUGAUUAAUGUUUGAAAGAACAGAGCUCUUUAUUUUUCAUGACUGUCAUUAGCAAAGGAAAACAACAGCAGAGGAUGAGUAGGCAGACUUCUCUGAAUCUGUUUUCCUUGAACCAUUAGCUGUUGGAUUUUGACAAACAUUACAGUGAGCUUUUUCAUCCAAGAUCAUGUUCUGACUCUAUUUCUAGGGGAUGAUUUUAUGUAGCAAGUUUUCACAUUGUUUAUGCUAGGCAUUAACAACUUCUUGCCAGCUUAAAAAAAAAAAAAAGAAAUCAACAGGCCUGUCUCAUAUAGCACAUGAGGAGAACAAGAGAUUUGAAAUACUAAGGCUUUUAACCCAGGUGUCUAAGUACUCUGCCAACUACUCUCUUCUGGAACUACCUUGAUUUAAAUAGUCAUAAUUAAAAACGAGACUUAACCAUCCUGCCAUUACUAGCCUAUGUUACGGACCAAGAAUCUGUGGCAAAGACGAUGCUGAAAAAAAGUGUUGAGAAAAAUAAUGACAUUUGGGUUUGUAUUCUGUUCUGUAUGGCUGUAUGAAAAAAACAAGAGAAGUUCAAAAAGGGAAACUGUACCAUGAUAGGAUAAUGCAGUGGGAUUUUCACAGUCACAGCUGAAGUCAUUCUUCUUUUCUCCUUUGCUUUAUACACAUUCCUAAAGUGUAAGUGUGGGACUUGUGCUCUAAGAAACUGGAAGUCUGUAGUACUUCAGUUUGCUCAGUGCUGCUCUUUUUUUUUUUUACAUCUACUUUGUUUUUGUAUUUUACCAACAGCAACUGAAUCUAGUAUUCUGUGUAAAUUAGGGAGCUAGGAUAUCUAUAUAAAAUUCUGUAUUUACACUACAGUGACUUGUACUGGAAGUACAUACUCUCCGUGGCGUUAAGUUGCCUUACUUCCUUCAAAGGAAAGUGAAGAGGAAAUGGAUGUCAGUCCGCUAGAAAUGGCGGAGAAAACAAGUUUACUGUGAGAAUUGUUGUGUGGAGAUUAACCCAAUAUCUAGCACUGUAGAGGAACUAAUCAGUAGAGGAUGGCUUACACUUUCAGUACUAUAGACAAUACUUUCAGCGCUACAGUGAGCUGUGGUAGGUGAGCUAGUUUGGCAUAUUGUAUUGAAUCUUGCCGUGCGCACUGUCUGUACAAGCACGGGACUGAUGAUAGUGCAAGGUAAAUCUGUUGUACGGAAGUUUGAGAAUGGAUUUCAGUUUUUGUUCUCACUGCAUAUCUUUGUGUUACUGAGUGAAGGAUAACCUCUGUUACUAGGUUGUCUAAAGCUUCUAAAUAAAAGUUGUCUGCUUUUCAGAGUUAUUUAAUACCCACAGAUCUUACCGUUAAUGGUGAGGGUUCCAGAUACGUUGCAGUUCUUGGAAAUCAAGCUACUCUAAUUUUGUUGCUUCAACACUGAAUUAGGAGCUUAAGUGUUCAAGUCUGCAUAUCUGAAGUUUACCGAAUAGAUUGCAACCAAAGAAGUCCAUAAAAUACCUGAAACUUGGCUACAGCUGCAGUGCUUGGGAUGGUCCAGAGGCUUUACUCAAAAGUAUGUGACUUUUGUUUUAAUUGUGGUGUAAAAAAUAAGAUCUCCAAGAUCCUCAUACCAAAAGAAUCUAUUUUAUAUUGUAUUGCAAAUAAAGACAAAUGAAAUACAUUUCUUUUCUUCAGGUAGUUUUAUUGACAGUGGGGGAAAUCACACGCAUUACUACAUUGUAAAGUUAUUUUAAGUUUGUCUUCAGCAAGAUCUAUUUUUAACUUCUCGAAGAGAGGUUGGCUUUGUGCUCUGGCACAACCACCUGGUAAUCAUUCUAGAUGGGUGCACCUGAGGAUAUUCAGGAACCAACUGGAAAGCGUUCUCUUUGUUUUCAAGUUUUUUGAUCAUGGCUUUAUCUCACAGUUGUUUUUCCUUUUCCACCAUUGUUCUUGGAUUUUCCUUUUUCUUGUUCAGUGUUUCUGGCUUGUGUUUUGAAGGUUUUAUAGUCCAGCUGUAACUGAAUACAGUUGAACUCUUCUAGUGUGACGUUGUUAAUAUUAUACAUUGAAAUGUACAAAGUCGCUGUUCAAUUAAAUUAUUGGCACAUGUAACAAUUGUUUACAAAUAAACUGUGGUGUAGGUCAAA